GGAUCCCUGACUUCUGAUCCCUCCAGUGGCUUCCUGAUCGCAGUGGCCCUUCAACUUCUGGCCACUCCUGAGCCUACCUUCUUUAUCUGCUCUCUCCUAUACAUAUGAGCCCCAAAGACCUUCCCAAAGUCCUUUUCUCUCUCUUCUGAAACAGACAUACCCAUUUCCAUGUGCACAGCUGUUCUUUUAAGCAGGGAAUCCUGGAUCUUAAUGACUGGCGGCGACUUCCUUUGGGCACAGACCUCUGCACUGCUGGAGGCCGACACCUCACUCUCUCUCAAGCAAUCAGCAAACACUUGGGCCCCUGCUCUGAGCCAAGCCCACUGCUGGAGACAAAAGACUGCACCUGCCUUCAGGGGCUGUGCAGAGGGAGAGGGAGGCAGCCAGACCCCUCCUUCUGCACCCGCACUCUGCUUCCCCCUGAAGAAUCUGAUGUUUUGGUCUGAGUGGUGGCCUGGGCUUUGGGGGCACUCAGAUAUAUGAGUUUUGGACUUGCCCAGACCCAAGGUCAGAAUGCUGCUCUUCUGCCAUGCUCUAGCUGUAGCAGUUGUCCAGAUCUUUAUUUUCUUGGAAAACCGGGCCUUUGCCAAGAACAUCAACUUCUAUAAUGUGAGGCCUCCUCUCGACCCUACACCAUUUCCAAACAGCUUCAAGUGUUUUACCUGUGAAAAUGCAGGAGAUAAUUAUAACUGCAAUCGAUGGGCAGAAGACAAAUGGUGUCCACAAAACACACAGUACUGUUUGACCGUUCAUCACUUUACCAGUCAUGGAAGAAGCACAUCCAUAACCAAAAAGUGUGCCUCCAGAAGUGAAUGUCAUUCAAUUGGCUGCCACCACAGCCGAGAUUCUGAACAUACAGAGUGUAGGUCAUGCUGUGAAGGAAUGAUCUGCAAUGUGGAAUUACCCACCAACCACACCAACGCUGUCUUCGCCGUCAUGCACGCUCAGAGAACGUCUGGGAGCAGUGCCCACACGCUCUGCCUGCCAGCGCUUGCCUGGGCUUUCAUGCUUCCAUGGAUAUGAUGCCGCCAUUCCUGGGAGAGGCAGAGUCCAGCCCUCUGACGCACAAACUAAAAACUGUGUAAACAGUGAACUUUUGAGUGAGGACCAGUCUUGCGAUUGGUGAAGAGCAUGCAUUGGACUCCAAAGCAGAAGACAGUUGUUUGCUUCCUUAAAACGCUCUUGCAUGAGGAUGUGAGAUUCUGGAAGAAAAUAUGGCCCAGACUGAGGGCAUUAUCUGGCAUCCAGGCUUCCUGGUCGAAGAGGCUGCAUUUUGUCACUUUGGCAGGAAGGAUCCUGCCGGCACCCACAACAGACAGGCUGUAGCGGCCUAUGUCGUCCUCACCGACCAGGCCUUUGGCUGACAGGACUUCUUGACCUCAUUGACCCUUUCAGAAGCUGCAGGGUCAGAUCUUCUCUUUCUGUGGUCAGCUCAGAGCGUCUCUAGGAAGUCUAACCUUUCUCCCAAUGAAAAAGCAAUGCCUGCUUAUUGUGUGUGUGUGUGGAGGAGAAUAAAGCUUUUAAAUUAUACAAAGUAAAA